CUGGGAAGUUUGGCAAUAGAGAUGGGGACCCAUUCGAAAGCUGGCAGGAAAGGAGAAAGAUGAUUAACAAAAUUUGAAGGGGAUAGAAAGGAUCGUGGAAAGAAAUAGUCACGGAUUCUACAUGUAAUAAUCUGGUUGAAUGAUUUAUAAAAACGGCAACAGCAUCAACAAUGGGGACAGUGAUCUAACAAUUGCUUCUCUAUAAGGAACAUCACCACUUUUAACUGACCAACGUGAAGAUCUGAGGUGGUUAAGGCUACUUCAUUGCCCCUCUCUAAUUGCCCAGCAGAGGUGGAUUUGGUGGCAAUUGUUUUGGCAACUGAAUGAUUUGGCACUGGAGAAAGUGGCAAAAGCACAUUCAUCAAACAGAUGAGAAUCAUCCAUGGGUCUGGAUACUCAGAGGAAGAGAGGAAAGCCUUUGCAAAGUUGGUCUAUCAGAACAUAAUCACUGCAAUACAGUCCAUUAUAAGAGCAAUGGACACCUUGAAUAUACAAUACCAGCAGCAGGGAAAUAAGGAAAAUUCUCAGGUAGUAAAGGAAUUAGAAGCCUAUAAAAUCACUACUCUUGAAAGACUGGAUGCGGAUGCGAUUAAAAGCUUAUGGAAUGAUCCAGGAGUAAGGGCAUGUUAUGAACGGCGUCGGGAGUACCAGUUGCUUGACUCUACAAAUUAUUACCUGACUGACAUUGAUCGAAUUGCAGCUAGUGAUUAUAUACCAACAGAUCAAGAUGUAUUGCGGGUUCGAGUACCAACGACAGGCAUUAAUGAGUAUUCAUUUAAUAUGCAUCGAGUAUCCUUAAGAAUUGUGGAUGUCGGAGGACAGAAGUCUGAAAGGAGGAAAUGGAUCCACUGUUUUGAGAACGUUAUAUCAGUUAUAUUCCUGGCAUCUCUCAGUGAAUACGAUCAAGUCCUAGAAGAGAGUGAGAACGAGAAUCGAAUGAGGGAGAGCCUCGCUCUUUUCCAUUUUAUUUUGAAGUCUGACUGCUUUGCAAAUUCAUCAAUGAUUCUUUUCUUAAAUAAAAUGGACAUUUUAGAGGAGAAGAUUCUUAAAUCACACUUAGUGGACUACUUUCAUGAAUUCGAUGGCGCUAAAAGAAAUGCUGGGGCUGCCAUGAACUUUAUCUUAAAAAUGUACCGGAGGCAAAAUGAAGAAAACAGAAAAAUCUACUGGCACUUCACCUGUGCUACAGACACAGAAAAUAUUCGCAAAGUCUUUAUGGAUGUCAGGGACACGGUCUUGGUGCGGAGCCUGGAAGAACUGGACUUAUUGUAGAAAGAGAUGAGGAAAGACCAGCAAACAAUGCACUCAGGAGUGUUGUACUCCUGGCAAAGUGAUGACUUAAACCUUUCCUAUGAAGCACAGCUGAGAACGCAACAAACUUCCUCAAAAACCACAAGGACGCCUCUAUCAAUGGCACAGGUUUCUUCAAUCUCUCAGCUGUUGCACCAGACUUUUGAGAAGUACUUACCAUCAAAAGCAAAAUAUUUCCUUGAUCAUAUCAAUAUGAACCUGCACACAGCUCCCUGGAAAUGCUGGGAAUCAGCAAAGUCUUAACAGAAGAUCAAGCAGGGAGGGAUGGUCAAAUGAUGAAGGACUAUAAUGUAGCUUCAUGAGUUUGAGGUCGUUCAACCAUUGUGAUGUUCCAAAAUUUGCUUUUAAAACCUGGGUUGCUUCAUUACUUUAUGUAUGCAGGAUUGAGCUUUUGCAGAGUGACUGACUGACCCAGAAUCAGAGGUAACAUGGCAAUAAUUACAGGAGAGGCCAUUAUGCUAGUAAAUGAGAGUGGUGAGGGCAUGCCAGGAGCAGAGAAUGUCACUCACGGUUUGCAGGCGGGCAAUCUGCCAUUUUAUGGUUUUAUGAUUUCAUGAUGGUUCCCCGAUGUUGUAUCUGCAGAAAAUACCUCCCAUCCAAUAAUUGCAUUGAUACUACACCCUCCAGCCCAGAGGAUGUAUAUGAAUGUACAAAUUAGGAGUAGGAGUAGGUCAUUCAACCCCUCGAGCCUGCUCUGCCAUCCAGUAAGAUCAUGACUCUAGUAAGAUUGUGGCCUCAACUCCACCAUUCCACCUUUUCCUGAUAUCCUUUGACUCCCUUGUUAGUCAAGAACAUACCUACUGCUGCCUUAAAAAUAUUCAUUGACCCUGCCUCCACGGCUCUCUGGGGAAGAGAGUUCCAAAAAUUCAUGACCCUUCAUGACAUCCAUGAAGAAAAGUUUUCUUCAUACCUCAGUCUUAAGUGAGACCCCCUUUAUUUUUAAACUGUGUCCCAUAGUUCUAGUCUCACCCACAAGGGAACCAUCCUUGCAGCACCCACCCUGUCAAAUUCCCUCAGGAUCUCAUAUGUUUCAAUAAGAUCACCUUCCAAUCUUCUAAACUCCAAUGAAUACAAGCCUAUCCUGUCCAGCUUUACGUUGUAAGGUAACCCCCCACCAUCCCAGAUAUCAGUCAAGUGAACCUUCUCUGAGCUGCUAGGUGAAUGGCUAGGCCCAAUCACAUGGUCUGCUCCUCCUUCUCUGGAGCUGUGUGUAUGUCCUAGAGUUGCCAACUCUUGCUUGGACAUAUACCUGUAGGUUUCAUCACAUGAUGCUAAUCACCCAGCCCCACACUCCUGCCAUUGGCCAUCCGACACAUUCAUUCUCACGGUGCCACACCUUCCCACCAACUGGAAAGCUGUCCAUUACCUGUUUGGAUGAUUCUUCAUUGUCGGUCAACAGCUUUUUCUUCUGUCUCCAAUGUUUUUAGAACUCACAAGUUUUCAAAGAAAAUGAACAAGAAGCACACAAUCUUUUUCAUGGCCCCAUGAUCUUUCUCCCAUGUUCCUUGUGGCAGUAUCCUGGAGAUUAAUCUUUAGUUCCUGAAGACACCAGGGCAAUUCUGGAGGGUUGGCAACCCUAUCAUGUACAGUUAAAUUCUCAAAUGUUGAGUUAGGUCAACAUCUUCCUUUGUGAAGAGCUGAAGUGAUGGCCAACAUGAUUGCAGUUGGUACGAACUGAAUAGUGAGGUGUUGUAUGGCCAGUGUUUUGAAACAUGUCAACACUGGUUUCUGGACCAUUGAAAGAAAGCGAGGCCAGCUCUCAGGGCAGUUUAAAACCAGUCGCUUCGUGGUAUAGGACUUGAAUAUUGCUGAAAAGAGAGACAUGUUGCCAAAAUUUUUCAUCUUGUGUUAAUCAGGACAAAUGCAAGAAUGACAAAUUUCAAAUGAUCACAACAAUUUAUAUUACAGGAGAAAAGAAUACUGAUUGAUUGGCAAGUUGACUCUGAUGGGCUGAGGUGUUGCCAUAGAGAAAGCAACGGGGAAUUAUAGGCUCCCCAAGCUCCUGGUUAUUUCAAAUAAGGCACAGGUCUUGAAAAUAUUCCUUUUGUUUGCAGAGAACAGGUCCCCAUGUAUGAAUGCAUGCCAUUUCUAGCAAGCAGAAAUGAGCCACAUUAGGAGCUUGACUGAUUAUCUUAAACUGGUUGUUAGUGUAGCUAUUAGCACACUCAGGAUUGAAGAGUUUUGGAAACAUGUCUCUCUUUUCAGCCAUUUGAAAUCUACAGUUGGCUUUAUUUUUCCAAUUUCUGGCCCACAUUAUCUGCUCAGACUCCAGUUUAAGGCUGCAGAAAAUAUUUGUGGAGUAAUGCAUUGUCUGUGCUACAGGUAUCACAUAAAAUGCUGUACAAGACAGAAAGAGGCCAUUGGGCCCAACUGGUCUGUGCUGUUAUUUAUGCUCCCUAUGCUUUUCCUCCCACCCUACUUCAUCUAACUCUAUGAAGCCUGAUUUGUUUAUUCAGAUUCCCCUUAAAUGCGUCUGUUAUUUGCCUCAGAUGCUCUUUGGUUCCGGGUUCGACAUUCUAACCAUUCUCUGGGUAAAGAAGCUUCUCCUGAACUACUUGAUGGAUUUAUUAGUGACUAGCUUAUAACUACAACCCCUAGUUUUUGUACCAGUACCAUUAAUUGACUUGAUUUAAGACAUUUCUCAUGGGUACAUGAUUCUACCAGGAAACAGAGUUGGGCUUAGAAGAUGAUUUGGAACAAACACUCAGCACUUCCCUAAGGGUUACAUCUAAAAAUAAAUUAUUUCCCUACAGAUUCCACAGGUGGCAGUGUGCGAUAGCACAAGGUAUCAGGAAGAGCUGUUUGUUUUAUCUGUCCCUCUGAGACAGAUAUAACAUUAGGUGGAUAUAAUGAUCUAUCUCACAACAUCUGAAAGAAUUAACUGAAUUUUUUAAGCCUGUCGAGAGAGAAACGUUGUAA